AUGCAGUACACUGAUGUCCAGCAAGGCCGGGGAGGCUCCUCUGGCCGGGGCACAGCUCUGAGGGGUGGCUGUGAUUCUGAACUUGUCGUCUUCCUUGACUGCUUCAAGAGCUAUGAGGACCAGCGGGCUCUGCGGACAGAGAUCCUCAAGGAGAUGAGGGUGCUGCUGGGAUCCUGGUGGCAGAAGCCGGUCCCUGGUCUGAGCCUUGAGUUCCUUAAACAGGACACGCCCGGGGCCCUCCAGUUCCGACUGGCAUCCACAGACCUUGAAAACUGGAUGGACGUUAGCUUGGUGCCCGCCUUUGACGCUCUGGGUCAGCUCAGCUCCAGUGUCAAACCCAAGCCCCAGGUCUACGCCGCCCUCCUCCAAAGCGGCUGCCAGAAGGGCGAGCACGCGGCCUGCUUCGCCGAGCUGCGGAGGAACUUCGUGAACACCCGGCCGACCAAGCUGAAGAACCUGAUCCUGCUGGUGAAGCACUGGUACCGCCAGGUGUGCCCGAAGGCGGGGCGGAAGGAGAUGCCCCCUGCCUACGCCCUGGAGCUGCUGACCAUCUUCGCCUGGGAGCAGGGCUGUGGGAAGGAGGCCUUCAGCUUGGCCCAAGGCCUCCGCACCGUCCUGGGCCUGAUCCAGCAGUACCAGCACCUGUGUGUUUUCUGGACCACCAACUACAGCUGCGAGGACCCUGCAGUGAAGAAGUUCUUGCAGCGCCAGCUUGAGGGACCCAGGCCCGUGAUCCUGGACCCGGCUGACCCCACGUGGGACGUGGGGGACGGGGCAGCCUGGCGCUGGGACCUGCUGGCCGAAGAGGCAGAGUCCUGCUACGACUGCCCGUGUUUCCUGCAGGCGGCAGGGGGCGCUGUGCAGCCCUGGGAGGGGCCCGGCCUUCCACGCACUGGGCGCUCCAGUGUGGACCACCCCAUCCUGCGAGACCCUGCCCAGAGGACCCCCAUGGACGGUAGCAGUGCUGAUGCUGGAUGCUCCAGGGCAGGGGACAGGCGGCCCUUAUGCCCAGCUCCCGGCCCCUCGGUGGACGGCAUCGCCCCCUGUACACCGGAGGGGGUCCCGGGUCUGUCUCAGGUCCCCGCCAAGGAGCUGGACCGCUUCAUCCAGGACCACCUCAAGCCGAGCCCCCAGUUCCAGAAGCAGGUGAGCAAGGCCGUCGAUGGCAUCCUGAGCCGCCUGCGGGAGAACUGUGUCCACAAGGCCUCGAGAGUUGGCAAGGGGGGCUCAUUCGGCCGGGGCACAGACCUCAAGGGUGGCUGUGAUGCCGAACUCGUCAUCUUCCUCAACUGCUUCGAGGACUACAAGGACCAGGGGCCCCGGCGGGCGGAGAUCCUCGCUGAUAUGCGGGACCAGCUGGAAUCCUGGUGGCGGGAUCCGGUCCCCGGCCUGACCCUGAACUUUCCAGAGCAGACCAUGACCGAGGCGUUGCGGUUCCAGCUGGUGUCCCCAGCCCUAGCAAGCUGGACGGACGUGAGCCUGCUGCCGGUCUUUGAUGCCGUGGGGCAGCUCAGUGCCAGCACCAAACCGGACCCCAAGAUCUACCAGACUCUCCUGGACAGCGGCUGCCAGGACGGGGAGCACAGGGCCUGCUUCGCAGAGCUGCGGAGGAACUUCGUGAACACCCGCCCAGCCAAGCUGAAGAACCUGAUCCUGCUGGUGAAGCACUGGUACCGCCAGGUUGCUGCCGGGAACAAAGGAGAGCGGCCGGCCCGUGCCUCCCUGCCCCCAGCCUACGCCCUGGAGCUGCUGACCAUCUUCGCCUGGGAGCAGGGCUGCGGGAAGGACCGCUUCAACACGGCCGAAGGCCUGAGGACCGUCCUGGGGCUUGUCCAGCAGCACCGGCAGCUCUGUGUCUUCUGGACGGUCAACUACAGCUCUGAGGACCCAGCUCUCAGAACGCACCUCCUCGGCCAGCUUCGGAAACCCAGACCCCUGAUCCUGGACCCCGCCGACCCCACCUGGAACGUGGGCCUGGGCAGCUGGGAGCUGUUGGCCCAGGAAGCGGCCGCCCUGGAGACGCAGGCCUGCUUCAUGAGCGCAGACGGGACGCCCGUGCAGCCCUGGGAUGUGAUGCCCACGCUCCUGUACCAGACCCCAGCCAGGGACCUCGACAAGUUCAUCAGUGACUUCCUCCAGCCCAACCGCCAGUUCCUGGCUCAGGUGAACAAGGCGGUUGACACCAUCUGCUCCUUCCUGAGGGAAAACUGCUUCCAGAACUCUCCCAUCAAAGUGCUCAAGGUGGUCAAGGGCGGCUCUUCCGGGAAGGGAACGGCGCUGCGAGGCCGCUCCGAUGCCGACCUGGUGGUGUUCCUCAGCUGCUUCAGCCAGUUCGCCGAGCAAGGGAGCAUGCGGGCCGAGGUCAUCUCAGAGAUCCGAGCCCAGCUGGAGGCGUGUAAGCAGGCACGGCAGUUCGAGGUGAAGUUCGACAUCCCCAAGUGGGAGAAUCCCCGCGUGCUGAGCUUCUCGCUGACGUCCCACACGAUGCUGGACCAGAGCGUGGACUGCGAUGUGCUGCCGGCCUUUGAUGCCCUCGGCCAGCUGGCCCCUGGCUCCAGGCCCCCGCCUCAAGUCUACGUGGACCUCAUCCGCAGCUACAACACCCCGGGCGAGUACUCCUCCUGCUUCACAGAGCUGCAGCGGGACUUCGUCAUCGCUCGCCCCACCAAGCUCAAGAGUCUGAUCCGACUGGUGAAGCACUGGUACCGGCAGUGCAAGAAGAUGCCCAAGGGGAAGGGCUCUCUGCCCCCCCAGCACGGGCUGGAACUCCUGACGGUGUAUGCCUGGGAGCAGGGGGGGCAGGACCCCCAGUUCAACAUGGCCGAGGGCUUUCGCACUGUCCUGGAGCUGGUCACCCAGUACCGCCAGCUCUGCGUCUACUGGACCGUCAACUACAGCCGUGAGGACCAGACCAUCAGAGAUUUCCUGGAGCAGCAGCUUCGCAAGCCCAGGCCCAUCAUCCUGGAUCCGGCAGACCCGACAGGCAACCUGGGCCCCAAUGCCCGCUGGGACCUGCUGGCCACGGAAGCCGCAGCCUGCAUAUCCUCCCUGUGCUGCAUCGGCAGAGACGGCACCCCCAUCCAGCCGUGGCCCGUGAGGGCCGCUGUGUGAAGCCCGGAAAAUCAGUGGUCCUGCCAGAGGGACAGAUGGACACCAGCCCUCCAUGUGGGGAGACUCAGGGUCACAUGCCAGAUGUGUGUGUGUGUGUGUCUGUGUGUCUGUGUGCGUGCGCGCGUAUUGAGAGAGAGAGAGAGAGAGAUCCAGUCCAGCCUCCCAGCGGACAUCCUUGCCUCCCUCUCAGCUCUCUUCCCCGCAGCCCACUCUGCUCACCCAGCCCAUUGAAUCCCCCCUUGUAUCCAAUGGGCACUGCCCUGCCUCCGCGGCCUACACGCUGGAGUCCAGCUUGCGUGGGUGGGCACCUCCCUGGGUUUCCAGCUUCCUCAUCACCCUCGUGACCCUCUGGUCUCACUGCAUCUGCCCCUGCGAGAAUGUCCUCCUCCCCUCCCCGACAUCUCUCUCCCCGUCCACACCAGCUCGCAUCCUUCCUCCUGACACUCAUCUCUGACCUCCCAGCGGCUGCUCCUCCUUCCCUCAUCGAAGAACUUCUCACAGGGAUGGUAGAGUUUUCAUCUCAUUUGUCGGCCACCCUCAGUUGGUUGUGGCUGUCCGGAGCCCUACGUGUUAAAGGAUUUUGAAGAAUGGAUGCCUAGCCGCGAGGAGUGACCUAAUCAAUUAGUGAUGUCUGCCCUGGAUGCACUAGAGGAAAGUAGUGGCACGAGUGCCGUGAUGGAUUAGCAACGCCUGGCCUGCGUACAGGAAGAAGUGCUCAGAGACCUACAGUCUGUAUGUGUCUCGGCUACUGAGAAGCUUUCUGAGCUCAGCUGCUAGAAGGACCGCAUGCCGGGAUCGGCUGCUUAUGUCUGCCACAGACACAGACAGAGGGAGUGGGACGUGCAUGCCAUGCGGUCCCUGUCCUUGGACACUUCCCCGGAUGCCUUUUCGUUGGAGGCCUCCUUUUGGUCCCGUUUCGCUCCUCCCCCCAGUUUGCACAUCUUAAUGUCAUGCCAUACUUCCUUUCUGGUUUUUUACCAAGUUCCUGUCUUUUUUCUGCCCUGCUACAAUGCCACCAGGGGGAUCCUCCAUGCCCAGAGCCUACAUGUGAGCCAGUGCCCUAGUGAGAGUGCCAGCCUGCCUCUGCCUCCAGAGCAAACCCACCCGGCGCAUGCAGGGGGCACUCCUGACCUCCAGUGCGGUCACAGUGUCCCUCUCAGUCCAGGGCCAGCACGGAAAACAGAAAGCACUCCGGAAUCGGAAGUGGGAAGGGAUUCCGUCCAACCCUGGACCGGCGGAAGGAGGCUGGGGCCACCUGGGUGCUAGUUUCGUUAUUGGAUCACCGCGGCUGAAUCAGAGGAAGCUGCUGCUGCUCUGCCCACCGCCUCUCCCCGACAAAGCUGGGGUCCAGACCAGGGACGUGGACUCCCACAAUCACACACAUCCCGCAGGACUGGGCCACCAGGGCUGCAGGGGGUGCUUCUGUGUCUCUCCUUUAAAAUAAACAAAAUUACGGCCUGGA